GACGUCAUAGCUCCGCGACACGGUCCUGUAUCUGUUGUGAUUCGGCUGAAGAAAGUGUCCAAACACAGAAAAAGUCCUGGUGAAUUCAUUUAAGAUCCAUGUGACAUACUGUUAUGAAGAUGGCAUUUAUUAAAGAGGAGAAUGAAGACAUUACAAUUGAAGAUGCAAUCACAGUGAAACAAGAAGAUACUAAGGAACAAACAGAUCUGAUUGAAUUAAAAGAGGAGAGUCGAGAACAGGAUGAAACGGAACAAAAAUAUAAGUUUGAGAAACCACAUAAUAUUAUAACUGAUAAGUUUAGUCACUUACAGACUAAAAAAAAGACUUCCUCACAAAAAAGAGCUCAAAAGACAGUACCUAGAAGUCAUUGCACCUGCAAACAAUGUGGAAAAAGUUUCAGUCAAAAUGGACACCUUAAAGUCCACAUGAGAAUUCACACUGGAGAGAAGCCCUUUACCUGCCAACAGUGUGGCCAGAGUUUUGACCAAAAAGGUGCCUUUACAGUCCACAUGAGAAUUCACACUGGAAAGAGCACAUUCACCUGCCAACAGUGUGGAAAGAGUUACAGCAGAAAAGAAAACCUUAGGUACCACAUGAGAAUUCACACUGGGGAGAAGCCUUUCAUCUGCAAACAUUGUGGAAGAAGUUUCACUCGAAGGGGAAGUCUUGAAAGCCACGUGAGAAUCCAUACUGGAGUGAAGCCUUACAUAUGCUCCCAGUGUGGAAGGAGUUUUACACACAGACCAACUCUUAAUGCGCACAUGAGAAUUCACACUGGAGAGAAGCCUUACACGUGUUCUCAUUGUGGAAGGAGUUUCGAUCAACUUGGAAACCUUAAUGUCCACAUGAGAAUUCACACUGGAGAGAACCCUUUCAGCUGCCAGCAGUGUGGUAAGAGUUUCAGCCGAAAAGGAAACCUUGAAGUCCACAUGAGGAUUCACACUGGAGAAAGCCCUUAUGCCUGCCAACAGUGUGGAUUAAGUUUCACUCAAAAAGGAAACCUAAACAUUCACAUGAGACUUCACACUGGAGAAAAGCCAUUCACGUGCCAACGGUGUAAAAAGAGUUUCACAUAUCAAAGAGACCUGAAACGCCAUUUGCAAAUCCAUUCUGGGAAGAAAUUGCAGGGUUGCCCAGUGCGGCAGGAGCUUUACAAAAUAGAACAAUUUUAAAAAUCAUAUCCGCAUUGAUUGUGGAGGAAGAAGAAUGUAAUUUUGCUCGGUGUACUAAUUUCAUUUGCCAUCACACUUACAGAUACCUGAGAGGAAAACCCUUUUUGUUUUCUUUCUGUGAAAAGAGUUUUAAAGGGCUUUUUAAAAUGGCACCAGGAAAUGGGUGUCUUGUGAAAGUAAUUUAGGUUUAGUCGGCAUAACAGAUAAGUAAACUUCCAGCCUGCUGUGAUGCUAUAUAAUUGACAUAACUGGCAAAUUAAAAAUAAAAUUUACUACGACUCUACACUGCCCUCCAAAAGUUUGGAAACACCCCUAGCAAAGUGUGGUUUUUGAUGAUAUCAGCAUAAAUCCUUUUCAUUUUUGGUGCAAAUACAUUAAAGUAACUUGACAUUUAUCUUAGAAGACCAGCAAUAAUAAUUUUCAUUUUGAUUAUAAUAACAAUGACAAUAUAUACAUGUCAAAGUCAGACAUGCCCCUUUGCCAGCUGUGAUGCCUGGUUACUGGUUUAAACUUGGCCCAGGUUUUUAAAGGAUUUUUGGGUCAGUACACCUUAAUAGCUUCGACAAUUGAUUGUCAAUUAAGUUUAGAAUACAAUUAAUUUAGGCCCAGAAUAUGCAGAGCUGUAAUAGCUGCUAAUGCUGGAUAUUUUGAUGAAUUGAAAAUUUAAGUUUUUUCUAUGUAUAAACUCUUUAUGUAAUCAAAUAUGUUUUCAUAGUUUGUGUUGUCCCUUAUCAGAGCAAAAUUAUUACAAAUAAAAAAGGAUUCAUGCCAAUAUUGUCCAAAACCCCCCUUUCUAGGGCAUGUCCAAGCUUUUGGAGGGCAGUGUAUGUAGGGGAGACUGGGGAUGAAAGUAACACUUUGUUUGCAUCAGUAACUGAUAUAUGGUAGCCACAUUUGUGUACUACAAAUAAAACUCACUUGGACGUGUACUGCAUAAUCAUAGAUUAUGUGAGUUAAUGUCAAAUACAAAGAGUUCCGUUGGUAAAACCUUCCCCUCUACUGGGGUGAGUUGUAACACAGGCUGGGGAUAGAUGUAACAGUACACACAAACACACAGCAACUGUUUUUUGUGCUAAAUUUAAAGACCUAAAAUGAAUGCUGUAUAAUGUUUUUGUCACU